AUGAAUCGUGUCAUUCUACUGGAGAACGGCUGGUGGGUGAAGGGUGUUAAGAUCAGCUGUUCCGGAGAUAUGAAGAUUCUUGGUAAAGCAGCAUUUCGCGACGUGUACGUGCGACGCUCUCAAAAAGAGGGCCAUCAAGACCCGGAAUCGACCCGAAAGCUCCUCGACCAUAUGGUAUCGGGCAGAAACGUACCACAGUUUGUGUGUCAAGUGUCCGCACACAUGGGUUUCACGCUGCUUGUGAGCAAAUGUGACUUUGAAGAAGAAGUCUUGGAGGCGUUCCACUCUGGCAAGAUGCAAUCACCUUUCGACAACAUCAAAGUCCAAGAGCUUAUGAUGAAUGCCAAUCCUGCCGAGGAAAAUCAAUCAUGGGGCUGGACUGAUAUCGAUAGGUGGUGCCGAGGCAAUGAGCCAACUGUGUUAGUAGUCCGCAAGGACGGAAAGCCAAUCACAGCGAAACAGGUCGAGGUCUUCAUCGCAUACAUCAGUGAAGUUUUGCAAUGGGCCAUGAAGCCAGACGAAAAUGACUAUGAAUACGAUGAGAUGCAGAAGAAGUUUGCCAACAACGAAAUCACUAUCGACGAGCUUAUGGAGUUUGAAGACAAGAAUACGGAAGAGAACCGUCGCAAGGGCAUUAUCGAGAAGUACAUGAAAUCCGGCCGCUUUGAGAAAUUUAUUGAAAUGUUCAUGAAGGAAAAGCUUGCUGAGGGCGACACCACUUGGGCAAAUGUCACUUCUCCUCGUGCGGAUUGA